AGAACUGUCAAAUUAAUUCUUCAAGGUCGGCCAGAGGAACUUUUAUCGCUGCUUCUUAUGCCUUGCAAAAAUAUGCAAGCAAGCACAUGGAAUUGUACUGUACCAUUUUAGCUCACAGUGUUUCAGGGUACCAUUGUCCUUAAGGAAAUGUUGAUGAGUAGAUAUAUCAACUUGCCAGACAUGUGUAAAUAACUUCCCAACUUUUUGACACGACAGAAGUAUGACUGGUAUAUGUGUCUGAUCUGAUACCCACACACCUGCCCAACAUCACUAUAAAUGAUAAAAUGUAGGUAGGUAGGUAAAGUCUUGUAGCUAAUAGGAGUUAUAUCCAUGAGUGUUUGGCUCAUGUUGUAGUGAUAUGGCGAUUCUGUAGUACAAAGUACAAACAACAUAUUGUUUAGUGUUGGAACUGUCACACAAUCAUUAACCCACUUACUGGAAACCAACUUGUGUACAGUCUCACCAACUUACUCUAAAAGACAAACUGAUGGAUGCAGGUUGGGCUUGAUCUGAGAAGAGCUCUUGGCUCCCACCUAUUACCGUCCACUACUGCAUGAGUAUAUAAAUUGCUGCAUUUAACUAACACCAGGGUAAGCGUAUAUACUAAGUCGGUCAAGGAUCUUUCCAGUGUGCAUGGCUGCAUGCCUCAAGUUAUGCCUAGGGGACCAUACAAAAGUAUGCCGUGCCUGAUCUCACAGUGUCAAGCUAACACUAUCCACUAGUAGUGGGAAACUUAACAGUGGGUCCACUUUGAUUGCCUAUGGCACUGCAGCUCACCCUUAUUUUGUCACUGGAGAUAUCUAUACGCUCAGGAUAGGCACCACAAUCGAGACAAUAGUUCAGAUACUUGAGCACUCCCUUUGUUUCACUGUAACCAUUACAUGAUUCAAGCAUCUUCUUUUCUUAACAAUUGUCCAUGGAGAUAAUCAUGAGUGUAAUCAAAUGCAAUGUUUCCACUCUCUAUUUCUACUUUUAGUGUUUUGGAAGAGCUUAAGUGGUCGUAGCAAGUCAUUUUAUAGGGGCAUGUAUUGGUCAUUUCUCUUAGGUUAGUUCUUCUUGGUCAGUGGGCAUGGUGGGAUGAUGACAAAUAUAGGGAGGUGAAUUUGAAUAUUACUUUUCAGCUAACCUUUAUAAUCAUUGAUAUGAUCUCUAUGAAAUAAAGCAUCAGAUAGAAGUUUUUAUAAUUAAGUAAAAAGUAAAAGAGUAGUAGUAACUAAAUAGUUGUAGGGUUUAACCUUCAAAUUUUAAGAAGAUGGAAACCCUAAGGAAAGGUCUACUUUGGUGCCUUAACUAUUAUUGUCUCAGUUUAAUUUGCACCGCAGACUCCAAAACCAUCUAAUGUGCACCCUCAGAUAUGAACCCUUUCUGAUUAUAUCCCAGGGAAGUAUUUGUGCAUGGUUUGAUGUGGUGUGGCAUUCAUGUCAAAGUAUUUUGCCACCUCAUUCCCUGUUAGGUGGUUUUGUGUGACAUGGCAUCCAUGUCAAGCUAGGAACACCAGGAACAAACAGAAGCAGACUGAGGUGGGGGUGGGAGAAAAACAGAGGUUCCAUUUUCCCCCAAUAUUUAAUAUGUGGGGUCUACUGCUCAGUGGAGAAAGACUUAUUGCCAGCCAUCUCGCCAAGUAACGCUUGUGAAGCCAAAUUUGGAACAUCCCGAUUAUAAGGAAAAGGCGACAAACUAGUGUGAACUGUACGCAAUGACCUUUGUAAUUUUGCGCUGAGCAAUAGCUGUCACUGGCGUUACAACCUUUUGCUAUAUAAUAGUCACAUCCAUCUCCUUUUGGGACACCGGUCCGGAAGGAAGCCAUAGUUCGAAGCUUCGAACCCGGUUGUGAUGGAGGUGGUCUUUGAUGGAGGAGGAGGUGCUGGCGGUGCCAACAACUGGAGGUCCCAAAUCAGGGAAGAGUUUCGCAAGUCUCGUAUCUCAGAACUAUCAGAGGCUCUGAUGCAAGCACUGUCGCCAGACGAGCCCGAGACAUUGACUGAUCUUCUGAAUGUUGCUGUCAGAUUAGAGAGAAUGAUUUUCAUAGUAGCUGUUAGCGAGGUUGAUUAUAAUUAUAAGCUGUAUACGAGAUUGGAUCAUUUAGAGGAUGAUCAUUUUGAGGACAUAUCAUCAGAUAAUCAUUUUGAGGACAUUUCAUCAGAUGAUCAUUUUGAGGACAUCUCAUCGGAUGAUCAUUUUGAGGAAAUUUCAUCAGAUUAUCAAAUGCUUGAACCCUCAACUGCGACGCUUCUGCGAGGAAUUUUUAGUGAUCCACAGAAUCAAAGCAUUCAGGUACAGAGCAACCUCCAGAGGAUGCUAUCUGGUGAUAAUACAAAAGCAACAGCGCCUAUAGGAAAUGAAGAGAAGCCUUGCUGUGAUGACAAUGAUAGGAUUAGCGUCCUUCAUGAGAGCAUACUCCAUUGUAUCAUGUCCUUCAUGCCAGCACAGGACGUUGUACGCACAAGCAUGCUAUUCCGAAGAUCGCCCCCAUUAUGGACUUCAGCGCCAUGCCUUGAUAUCGAUAUUGAUCACUUUGAUAUGGACAGAGUAAAGUUCAACAAGUUUGCAAAAAGUUUGUUUGAGCGGCGGGGUAAUGCUAAUACAUUGGACAAACUCCGCCUUCACUCUUUUGCAAUUGAUGCAGCCAAGUAUUGGAUCGGUGAUGCUAUCAGACUUCAUGAAGUUAAAUCGAUUGAUUUCACUGAAAAUACAAGAUGGGAAGCUUUUUACUUAGAUCCUAAAGCUAUCAACUUUAGCUCUAAAUAUCUGCGAACUGUGAAGCUCACUAAUGUUAUAAUAGUUGCAUCUGUCUUUGAUCAGCUCAGCCGUGAAUGCACGUCUUUGGAAAAUCUGCAGUUGGCAGACAGCACUCUUUAUUGUCCUGAGAUUUCAUCAAGUUCAUUGAAGACUCUGGAAAUAAUAAACUGCUUAGUUUUGAAUCAUCUUCUGAUUCGUACUGGCAAGCUGGUCUCGCUAUGCUUCAAGGACACUCGAUGCAGGUGCACUCCAAAAUACAUAGUUCGAACUACAUCAGCAGUAAUCCUAUGUGAUCUUUCAAACGCCAAGAGCAUAGAACUGCCAACACCAGUGAGACAUGUCGCAUUCGAUAGAAUGACUCCAAGGUGCUCAAUGUUCAUCAGUCUGACAAGUCUCAUUCUUGGUGAAUGGUGUCUUUCCAACAAAUUUGCUCCUCUAGCUUGCUUCCUCGAGCACUCUCCUAUGCUUGAGAAUCUUGAUCUGAAGCUCAAGUUUGACUGUGAAGAGCAAAAGCAGCCGCUUCAAAUGGCUGAGGGAAUAUCAUUCCAAGCCAAAAGCCUUAAGAAGGUAACGAUCCACUGCGCCGAAGAGGAGGACAGGCUUCCCGUGUUGAAGGCUAUACUGCUUGCCAAUGCAAGAUGUGUCAAGCACAUCGAUGUCAAGACGUACUAGGAUGCUGCGCCAAGCGUUCUUCUGCAUAUGGAAUGCAUCUUUGCAUAGCGCUUUCGCUGUGUGACAUGUGUGAGACCCGAUGUAGCUAGAGAUUUGGUUGUUGAAUGUUGUGUUACAUGGACCUGUAAACAUUUACCGCUGUGCGACUUGUGGGAAACUUGCUUGCUACCAUUUAUCUAGGUUGAUCGAUGAACAUUACAGCUCA